UCCGUCAUUCGUACGAACGCGAUAAAAGCUCGUCGUCGUCGUCGCCGCCGACCAGUUACCCAGUCUUCCUACGUCGUCGUGAGAUCUCGAAAAACCGCUUCGUCGCGCCUCGCUCGAUUGUCUACUACAGGAACUGCGCAUCCAGCUGCGAGAGAUCGAUCGGCAAAAUGGACCAUCCGGUAAGAGAUCCGGCAUCGGAACAACUGAACAAUUUCAAGAGGACUCUCAAGGAUGAGGCACCUGUAUUAUUAACUGCAAAUGGAGCGCCCGUCGCCGAGAAAAAGGCCAGCCUCACGGUUGGCCCUCGUGGACCCAUGCUGCUGCAAGACUUCGUUUACCUGGACGAAAUGUCCCAUUUCGACAGAGAAAGGAUCCCGGAACGAGUUGUGCACGCUAAGGGAGCCGGUGCGUUCGGCUACUUCGAAGUCACCCACGAUAUCAGCAAGUAUUGCAAAGCCAAGAUAUUUUCCAGCAUCGGAAAGAGGACUCCCAUCGCAGUGAGAUGCUCCACAGUCGGUGGCGAAAGCGGUUCUGCCGAUACUGUCAGAGAUCCGCGUGGAUUCGCCGUAAAGUUCUAUACCGAGGAGGGUAUCUGGGAUCUCGUUGGCAACAAUACGCCGAUCUUCUUUAUUAAGGACCCUCUUUUCUUCCCAAGUUUCAUACAUACGCAGAAGAGAAAUCCCGCAACCCACUUGAAGGAUGCUGACAUGUUCUGGGACUUCAUUUCCCUCAGACCCGAGACGACGCACCAAGUUAUGUUCCUCUUCGGCGAUCGAGGCAUUCCCGAUGGACACCGCCAUAUGAACGGCUACGGUUCUCAUACAUUCAAAUUAGUCAACUGCAAGAAUGAAAUAGUCUACUGCAAAUUUCACUACAAGACCGAUCAAGGGAUCAAGAAUCUCCUCGCGGAGAGAGCCGCCGAUCUCAGCGCUUCCGAUCCUGAUUACUCGAUUAGAGAUCUUUACAAUGCUAUUGCUAGAAAGCAAUAUCCGUCUUGGACGUUUUCCAUCCAAGUAAUGACCGCUGACCAAGCGAAGACCUUCAGGUGGAAUCCAUUUGAUUUGACAAAGGUGUGGCCUCACAAGGAAUAUCCGCUAAUACCAGUGGGCAAACUGGUACUGGACCGCAAUCCCGAAAACUAUUUCACUGAUGUGGAGCAAAUGGCCUUUGAUCCGGCGCACAUGAUACCUGGUAUUGAGCCGAGUCCCGACAAAAUGUUGCAAGGUCGACUUUUCGCUUACGGUGACACUCAUAGGCAUCGCUUGGGACCGAAUCAUCUUCAGUUGGCAGUGAAUUGUCCUUACAAGGCGAUCUCCAUGAUGCAUUAUCAGCGAGACGGUAACAUGGCUGUAUACAAUCACGGGAGUGCGCCGAAUUAUUAUCCAAACAGCUUCUGCGGACCGAGGGAGUGUCCGGCCGUUCGUUCGCCGCCGUUCCACGUGAGCGGGGACGUGGACCGUUACAAUCCCGAGGACGAGGACGAUUUCGGUCAGGCCACUAUCUUCUGGAAGAAAACCCUCGACGAACCUGCUAGGGAGAGAUUGGUGCAAAACAUGGUUGGGAAUCUGCGCAACGCAUCGCCGUUCAUCGUGGAGCGUGCCGUGCGAAACUUUGCCCGGGUGGACGUCGAUCUUGCUCAGAGAUUGACGGAGGGCUUGCGCAAAUACGGGAUACAGAUCAACGCCUUGGGAAAAUCAGCCAAUCUCUAAAGAGGAUUUAUAUCUGUCUCUUUCUCUUUCUCUCUGAAAUGUUGUAUUAUAACUUGUCCCUAACAACACACAUGUUCAAAAGAUGUCCAGAGAACAUCCACAGGAUGUUUCAUAUCCUCUGGAUGACCUCUAGACAUCUUUUGAACAUACGUGCUGUUAGGGGUGUAGCUUUUGCUACUUAAAUACGUAAUAUAUUUUACAAUAUAUAAUAUUUUAUAUUGUUUAUCAGAGAUUGUUACUGAAAAUAUUUCUUUCCGCAAUGUUAUAUAUUGCUUUUAAUUAUCGAAUUUUUUUCAUCCUGGAGUUAUUUCUCCCUGUAACGCUAAUUACUACUUUACGAGGGUGUAGGUGCGAACCUAUUCUAUGGUGCCUUUUACAUAAGAUGAAUAUGUAUCUUGCCUAUUCAAGGAGAAUGAAAAGGAAAAAAAAAAUGCAUUAUUCUACUCUUUACCAUUUUCUACCGUAUUUUGCUACAACCGUUGUCGAUUUUAAUGUUGUAAAUGAGUAUUUUUUAAGCCUGGUGAUUCUUUCGAAGGAAAAACGCAUUUGUGAUGGGAAUUUAUGUGUAAAUAAAAUUUAAAAUUGCUAUACAGAUGCAUUAUA